AUGUCGGACUCUGACGUCAAGGAGAAGGCCGCUCCGUCAGAAGGCAGCGCGCCGCACCUUCCUGUGCUUGCGUCCAGCGACACCUCGACGACUCCCUCACUCGAGAAGCGCACAUGGCGCUCGUACAUCUGGUCCAGCUGGGACCUGCCAAAGGACGAGGCGUGGUUUCUCACCAAGCUUGACCUCACGAUCAUCUCGGCGUCUGCCCUCGGUGUUAUGAUUCGCUAUCUUGACCAAGUCAACAUCACAAACGCAUUCAACAGUGGUAUGAAGGAAGACCUCAAGCUCUACGGCAACGAGCUCAACUACGCCAAUGCCUUCUGGAGUGCCGCCUACGUCUUUGGCCAGGUCCCCAGCAACUUGCUCUUGACUCGCGUAAACGCACCGUUGUACAUCGCCUUUCUUGAGCUUGGUUGGACCAUUGCCACUUUUGCUACAGCAGGCAUUCACAAGACCAGCCACCUGUACGCAGUGCGCUUCAUCGUUGGGUUGUUUGAAGCCGGCCACUUCCCUGCGGUCAUGUACGUCUGCUCGAGUUACUACCGCCCACACGAGCUCGCCCGCCGCAACACCCUCAUUCAAAUCUCCACCCAGAUUGGACCACUGUUCUCCGGCUUCUUGAUGGCUGCAGUCUACGCUGGCCUCGACGGCCACAGCGGUUUGCCAGGCUGGCGCUGGCUUUUCAUCAUUUGCGGCUGUAUCUCAUUGCCGUGCGCUAUCUGGACGGCUUUCGCAAUGCCGCAACUACCUGCACGCGCCCGGCCCAACUGGAUCUUCACGCAGGAGGAGAUCGACAUUGCACGCAGGCGUAUGCCGUCCGAGACCAAAGUGCACACCGGCCUGUUCAAGUGGCGUGACAUUGUGCGCUGGCACAAGACGUGGCACGUUUGGCUGUUUCCUCUCACUUUCCUGUGCUCUGCCCAGCUGGGCCAGUCCGGUGCCUCAAUGAUCUUCUGGGUAAAGAGCUAUAAUGUCACCGGGCAACCCAAAGUGUUCAGUGUGGCCGCCAUCAACAUCAUCCCGCUGGGCAUCAACAUAAUCGGUAUCGUCGCCUCCCUCACUGCGUCCUGGAUCUCGGAUAAUCUCCGCGGCGCGCGCCGUUGGCCCCUCAUGGUCGGCGCGUUCAUGCUUGGCAUCAUCUUCCCCAUCGCCCUGGCUGCCACACCCGUCCACCCAGUCCACCGAGGACAGCGCUGGGCCCUGUACUAUCUCACGGCACUUAUCGGCUGCACGGCUGGUAUCCAGUGGACGUAUGUCAACGAGACGUCUCGCGACGAUCCCGAGAAGCGCGCCUACGUCUCCGCAAUGAUGAACGCGGUGGCCUACGUGUUCACUGCAUGGGUCCCAAUAUUCUCAUUCCCGACGAGCAAGCAGCCGGGGGGCCCGUUCGAGUUCGACACAAGUUUGUCGACGGAAUUGGCAAGACGUACGCCGGCAUGGAACGUUCCCCAAUUCUACUACCACCCUCCCGACAAGGAAGGCUUCGACGAGCUGCCUCCUGUGCCGACGGCGAACCAGCUCAUCGACUUCUUUGCCGAUGUCCAUUUCUGUUCCCCUCGCACUCCCGCCCUGAACCACGCGAGGGCGCUGAACUGGGGCGACAUUGCCGAAGCAUGGCCAGAGGAGAAUGUUUCGGAGGAGGUGUACAUCGUUCAUGCUGUGAUCACCGCGUUCACAGCGCAUGAGCUCCAGGCGCUCGCGAAGCUUCUGGAGAAUUUCAAGAAGUUCCUGCUGGCCAUGUCGACCGAAGAGUAUUGCGUGUGGUGCCUUCAAGCACUGAGGGGUACAACGUCAGCCUGA